CCUGGUCGCCCUCUUCGCAUUUUGCGGCAGCGGGUCCCGACGGCACGGGGCCCCAAAUACUUGGCGCCAAGUCUCCGACCGAAAGAGAAGAGGCCAAAGGAUUUGCGAUAAAAGUGGUAGCUCCACUUUGCAGUCGACUAGGAGCUGCUCAAAAAAACCUUAUUGCGAGCUUUUCCGAACUUCGUGACAAUAGGGUACUAAAACUGGAAGAGCGGGGAACAUAAUUUUCCGAGUUGCAAGAAGCUCUGAGCCCCGCUUUGCCGGGCUGCAGACACUCAUAGGUGCAGGGGAGCGAGCUUCUAAGAACAUAGAGUCGGCAAUUGCGAGACCCUAAGGAAGUCUAGUGCGCCCGGAAGCGUGAAAACAAAUUCAUCUUGAACGAGAGAAUAUAUUGUUAAUCUUUUGCUGAGCUGCUGGAGCGAACCUCACUAGCACCUCCUAAGACUUAUUUGUAAACUUUUGAUUUUGUUGACUUGAGUUGUUGUUUGAGUGGUGCUGUCCUCUUAACUAAGCCUUUGUUGAACUUGUUUGAGUGAGCAGCUUUGAGAACGGCACAUACCUUCGUGUGCUUCGACACUGAUUGAGACUUUCGCUUUGCCCGCACAUAUUGUUUGAGAUCUUCGCUUGGACCGCACAUACUGCUUGAGUGUGCUUUCACAGCACCUAAAGAUUGAACAGGAUGCCGCCGUCGUCGUCGCUCAAAGAGAGCGCGACUGCCGCGAAGAAGAAUAUGCGAAAGCUUCAAGGCUUGCCGCAACAGGAUGACGACGAAGGAAGCGAUAUGCCUACGCCAACGAAACAAGAACUAAAAACAAACUCCCUGAGCGGUCAACUCGAAGAACUGAUCGAGUCCGAGGCUGAAGAAACGGAGGCCGAAAGGCAGCGCCGGGAACGGGAGGAGGCGGAGGAAGAGCAAAGGCGCGCCGACGCGCACGCAGCAUUGAGAGUGAGUGGUUUCGUCAAGAAAAAAUUGAAAUUAUGAGAAGUGUUGUUGAUCAUUCGAGACGAGUAUUGGUUCGUUAGCUGCAGUAGAUUCUAGAUAAGUACUAUUUGCUUUCCCAUUUUUGUUUUCUAUCUCAUCUGUGAAAUUUUUUUUUCGGCUCUCUAAGGUUUUUGACAAGGUUAGACUUUCUUCUCCUCUCCUCUUUUAGACCUUACAGUUGUCCGCUGGAAAAAUCUUCUAACCAACGCCCAGGCGAGAACAUUGAAGAGCAAGGUUAUGCGGCAGAGGCUUCGGACCCUCAAGAUUCGUGAAGGUUUACACUUGUCUUAAGGAUGAAACUAGCUAGACUACCGAAUUCCCCAGGAAGUCCUAGGCAAGCUGCCGAAUAGAUUCGAAUCGUCAGACCCGCAUAUUCAUGGUCAACCAACAUCAUCCUCAUUAUUCACUCUUACCUCCGUUCUUACAACGAAAAAGUUGACCAGUCAAGCAGGAAUAGACUCCUUGAAAGAACAAGUUGUUUGAAAGAACAAGAGAGGCAUUAAAGCUACUGCCUGUGGUAUCAAGCGGUCGUUAUCUUGUAGUUGACGCUCUAAUUUUUUAUCCCGCGGUGCGGUAUAAAGCUGCUGUUGGUACAGGAAAAGCUGGGUCAUUUCACGUCGUCUUUUGUACAGGCAGGCUACGAGGUGAUCGACAUGUACAAAAAGUAUACGGAUGCGGAGAUCGAUUUUAUAUUGAAUUCCGUGGAAAAAGUGAACGAAAUGAGUUUCGAACCGGACGACCGAGUUACAUUAUACAAACUUUUUCUAUGGCCGCAAAGCACUUACAGAAAAAAUAACCCCUUAGUUUUUCCCUUCACGAACUAUGACAUGAAUUUGCUUUUGAGUAAGGAUAACCGAAAUUAAAUAUGUGUAGUAGUACCCACGUACUAUAAGCAUUAGCUUUUGAGUAAGGAAGAUAACCGAAAUGAGCGAACGGAAAAUCAGUUCCAUACGGUGUACUUUCCGAUGCGCUGCUGGAAUAAAAGCUGCGUGAACUACUUGAUAGAAGUAGUGCUAAUUUAAAUGCAGUAGAGGUUCUAGCAAUAUCUUUCGAGUACUGACGGGAUUGAUAGUACAAACUUUUUCUAUGGUGCUGGGAUGGAAAACAUUUUUUUUUCCCGUACCAGAACAGAUAGCGUUUUUAGUGCAUGGCAGCGUUCACGUUCGACUCUUCAACGCAUCUUUCUAAUCACUACUAGCUUUUGUGGGAACUAGAUCAGGCUUGGGAAUCACCAGCAUGUAUUUUCUAUAGUUUGAGGCGAUGGUUCGAGAUUUUCAGUUGCGACAGGUAUCUACCAAUUCUAUUUCUAAUAUUUGACACAUUCUAUUUCUAAUAUCCCGAUACCGAUAUUUCUUGGCACCGGGAGCUUCGAAGCCAUUGAUGAAACUGAGUGAGAUCCCUAGGAUAUCGCUCACGAAGCAUAGUGCUAAGGCCCCAGACGAUGCAGACACCGAGAUGAAACAUUUGGUAUGUUGGCAGAUUGUACCUUUCGCCGUCCUCCCUUCACGAGAUUGGAAACACCAUGUGUGGACAUUUGAAAGAUUUGUUGAAUGUAGUAUUCUGAUAGACACUAUACUGAUUCGCACGAGUUUUUUAGGAGCAUAAACUUUAUCUCGUGCUGAUAGAAGAACUAGGAUAAAGUUUAUCUCGUGAAGAUAGGAGGACUGGUUUGUACAUUACUUUACACCGAACAACGUUUUUUUCGUUCGUGGCGAUAGAAGUCUAAAAGGAUCAUCAUCAUCGUCCUAUCCCCGUUAGUAGCAUACUACACUGUAGUAUUUCGAAUAGUAGAAGGACUGGUAUCAACAUAUUAUGGAUAUAUAGAAGCAGGAGUUCUUUUUGCUUCAUAUUUCGAGAGCGUUAUCACAAAAAUAUAUUGUAGGUCGAGGUCCUUUCCCUUUUCAUAAGUCGAGAGCGACCGGAAGAGGCAAGUCAAGCGUGUGCCGAUGUUCGACGAACAAGCAGGCAUGAAAAUGGUGCAACUAGAACGAUACGACAGGGAACUCGACAUCGUAUACGAAAUCAAGUUAUGUGAACACACAAGGCCUCUGCUCUCUCAUGCUAUCCUCUCCUUCCUGCACCAUGAAUUAAUGACACCAGUAGACUGUAAAAGCAGUUUCAAAUGAGUGUUAGACGGGUCACCAGUUAAGAGCGUCACUGAAGUGGUGACUGCAUGAGUGUUAGACGGGUCACCAGUUAAGAGCGUCACUGGAGUGGUGACUGCAUGAGUGUUAGACGGGUCACCAGUUAAGAGCGUCACUGGAGUGGUGACUGCGCCACUUGAGAUCACCACUAUUAAGUGGCACAGUCACCACUUCAGUUACUAUCAAGUGGUCCACAAAAAUAGCAGCCGCUGCUUAAAUAGUAAUGGUGCACCACUUAAGCGAAGCGUUGGUGAGUGGUGACUGGGUCGCUUCAGUGCACCCUUAACCGCGGCGGGUUCCCUUACCUGCCUCGCGAGGCACUUAGCAUGCGGGGGUGCCCCGUUAACGGUUUCGCGAAACCGAUACGACCGGGCCCUCUUGAAUCUUUCGCGUAACGGUUGCUUAACGGUUUCGCGCAACCGUUAAGACACAGGUAUACUUAGGUGUUUCGCGUAACGGUUGCUUAACGGUUUCGCGCAACCGCUAAGGCAGUGGCACUAAGGUGUUUCGCGCAACCGUUAAGGCGAUUGCCACUUAAGUGUUUCGCGAAACCGUUAAGGGCGGCCCCUCUUAAGGAGUAGCUGCGCCACGUAGGGUCAUCACUUAAGCGAAGGCCCGCUUAACUGCCUCACGAAGCACUUAGCGAGGCACUUACGAGGCGCUUAACAGCCGAGUCCCUGAAGUGCCUCGCGAGGCACUUAACGAGAAAUGUCCCUUGAGUGCCUCGCGAGGCACUUACGAGGCACUUAACAGCAGAGUCCCUUAAGUGCCUCGCGAGGCACUUACGAGGCACUUAACAGCAGAGUCUCUGAAGUGCCUCGUAGGGUCUGUCUGAGGAGUACUAUUUAAAGAUAGCCAAACCUGUGGUAACUAAUUCUCUCUUACAUACUUUAUCAAGCCAUCCACUCCAAACCCAUGAUAAAGGUCAUUAGUGCGAACACAAGGACUCCCAAUAUGCUCACGUUUAAGCGUACUUAACCAUUCAACGACCUGCCCUAGGCAGUUGGCAACUUGCGCCGUGCCGGCCACAAGUAUAACAGUUUGCAGGCAUUCAUAUGUCUUGGUCAGUCCUAAAACUGACAUAAAUACCAAGGCGAUCAGAUGAACUUGCUUAACUUGAGGCAAGCACUCUGAAGACCUUGGACUUGAAUAUAAUCUAUGAUCUGUCAACAUCCAAAAAAAAAAGGGAAAACUUAGAUAGCUCUUCGAUUAUGAAGUGAGAGCUUUCUUAUCGGUAUUUCUAUUGGCCGGUAGGCAUGAUUCGCGUGUUCCUCGGAACACGCUCGGACAGGUCGUCGAAGCACCUUCCCGCGGAACGGGCUCACGCGCUUAGCGUGAAACGGGCUCGAUCCUUCGCUUCUUGGGGCUGUCACUCUCUUUGGGAGUGCGGCCAAGGCUCGUGAGGUAAUAGAAUUUCUCACGGUAUAAAUCCCAGGGGAUUAUGUCCUCGCUCAAGUCGAUGUGCUCGAUCUGCAAGAUUUUCUCGAGCUCUUGCAGUUUUUCUUUCCGCGUCAGUGGAUCGCUCAAGUUGCGAUGCGUAGAAAUCCACGCCCAAUAAAUGUCGGCUGACUCGGUCUCGUCGUGCAGGACCGAGAUUGCGCACUGGGAUGCCAUCUCAUCUGAAGAGCCUUUGAUGAUGGCGUAGCAAUCCCCGCUGUUGUCAACGUGAUGCACCACGAGCGCGUCUUCUCUUGCCGCUUGGAAGUGUCGGUGAAGCAGGUGGGCGGCCACUGCCUCAAAGAACAUGAUCCCGGGGCGUAAGUUGGCUAACCAGUUCGGGAUUUUUUUGACUUGGAAGGAAACGGCUUUUGCAGAGGCGUGGUCGCGGGAAAUAAGUAAGAUACCAACGAAGAUGCCGCAGCUAAUCACGUCCAGCCAAGCGCCUGCUGAUUUCUUCUCUAGUGCCACGGGGCGUUCCAUUGCAGCGUCGCUGUAUGCAUGACGAACGUGGCUGGGAGAGUCGCGCUUUAACACUUUGGGGCGGAGGUUCUGGGCUUUUUCUAGUAGUGCAGAUGUGAUGAUGAUGAGCUGUCUCCUUAAGGGACGUCUUUUGAUCCGGUUUGUGAAGUCGCAGUGGCACCAAAUGUCCAACGCUCGAAUAAUACCAGACGCGCUUCGGUUUAACUGUGCAACGUGGCGAAAAAGCCCUCGUAUUGUUUCGCACUCUUUCUUCUUCGCGGUGGCUGACGUGAUCGAGGUGAGGAAAUUCUGAAGCUUGAGGAUGAGUUCCUUUACUUUAUCCUGCGGAACGUAGACGAGAAUUUGGUCUGCUUGUGGAACUCGUUCAUAAGCCAAACCCAACGACACCAGCGCAGCCUGAGUCUUGUGGUUGGAGCACUGUUUCUGGUAUUGUUGUCGUAGAUUGAUCAACGAGAAGAAGAGGUCGAUCACGCUGGAGCUGCUGCUGAUUGACCCGGGCCGGUCUAUGAGGUGCACAUCGUCUAUGUACACCGGUGCGAGUUUGCGGAGGAGUACGACCAGAAUUAGCAUCAAGCCUUCGCUUAUCGCGACGUCCUCAUAGACGGACACUAGGGAGCCGAACACGGUCACGAGCGAUUGCACAAAAAGCCACUCGCGCUCGGCCUUGACCUUCUCUGGCUUGUUUGCUCCCAGCAUAGCCAGAAGCUCGGCCUGCGUGUUUAGUGGAAUUGCGAAGCAAUUCUUCGUCUUAUCGGCCACGGCGAAAUUGUAAUAAUAGGCCUCGAGAUCUUUCGUUUCGGAAGCGGGGAGGCAGGCUAAUCCUUUUUGUGCGGCUGGCGCGGAGCCGGAGGUCGCUGCCAAAGCUCCCGAGAUAUGCUUUUUCACAAAGUCACGCUCCACACAAAUGUCUUCGUUAACGUCACGCUUGGCUUGGAAAAGCGUGGCUGGGGGCGGAUUGGAUUGCAUGAGGCGAGAUAUGAUUUCGCAUACUGCUCUGGUCCCUAAUAAACGCAUUUUCUCGGCUGUUUUGACAUAUUGAUUGUGCUUCCGCAAAUCAAUGCAGAGUCUGAUCUUCCCUUUUUGAUGUACCGGGAAGCAGACUGCUGGUGGGCACGAAGGAGAAGCGACCGGAAUCCAAAGCUUCCUGGCAAUCAUGUCAGAAGCUUGCAUCUGCAUGUUGGCAAUUUCGGUCGGGGUGGCCCAGUGGUCCUUUGGUGGAGUCCUGCUGGCGUUUUUGAAGAAAUCUUCUGGGUUCAGCUGUUCAUGCUCAGACGAGUAGCCGUCGGAAGUGUCUGCUUUCUUCCAGAAACCAGACGGCAGGAUUGGUUCGCCCAUUUUGAAGCCGUUGCACAAUUUUUCUUCGACCAUCAUAACUUCCUCAAUUCUCACCGAGUCGCUGGCUUUUUGGCAUGCGGCCUCGAGCAUGUUGCAAAAGAAGCCCCAGUUUUUGUCUUGGUAAACUGUACGCACGUCGUUCGUCAUCCUUGCGCGCAUUUCUUUGUUGCGAUCGUCUGCUGCUUCAUGCAUCUUGAGAAGGUAUGCGCCCAGGCGCAAAUUGUUGCUCAAGAUCUCCUCAGCACUCGAGCAGCGCGUUUCUUGGAUGACUUCCUCGAAGAAGGGUGGUAAUAUUGAAGAGCACCCAUAAGACCUCGAGCUAUCGCGGUCGAGUACGCGCGACAUCGCGGCGCCGGCGUUGACGUUCAUACUCUUCUACGGCUCUAACGCUGACGCUAACGAUGACGAAAAGUUUAGCUAAAUAUUAGCUGAAAAGUGACUAAAAAGCUUUGUUGAUCUACUGCAAUUAAACCUAGCUCUAAUAAAAAAAUUAAUAAAAGCUCGUAACAUUAAAGCCCGGAUUUAGCGGCGCCUGUGUUGCUGUGGUGGAGUUUGAAGAGGUGGGGACGAUGUGCUUGCUCUAAAACUAGUGGGAGACAGUUUUUAUGACCGCGGUCAUUAAAAACGGAUCCCGCUCCUGAGUGGUUCUGUUUUUGUGACCGAAAGGAAGAGGUGAGAGCUCUAAAGUACCUGGUGAUUUGGAGAUCUCGCUUGUGAGAACAGCGCCGCUGAUAUCUGGAAAGUAGCGUAAAAAGGAAAGCUGUUUAGGUAGUCACUUGGUCUUGAAGAAGAGUUUAAACGCGUCGUGUCUUAACUGAAAAUAGACCUCUUUUUAAAGAGGUCGUAGCCGCAGGCACUAGGCGGCGAGAGUCUCUAACGUUGAAACUGCCACCUUGGUUAACGUUCACCUCUCUGCAGAAAAUGCCUCGUGGUUUACUCAGUGGCCAACUGAGCAAUGCGCGCUUCGGAUAAUCCCAGACUUUUCAAGUUGUUGACGAACGUGAUCGCGGCAACAGUACCUCCAUGCUUAAAUUUGCAGGAGGAUCGACUGCAUUUUCCUUUCAGAAAGUCCUCGCACAGCAUCUCUUUCUUCUGGCGUUUGGCAGCGUCAGGUUGCGGGUCUGGAAUGUUGGGGCGCUUGUUCGCGUUGAUCUUGUUCGUGAGGUUUUGUUCCAGGCGGUUGCAUUUUUGCUCCAUUUCAAGGCGGAUUUUCUUCUCCAGCCUGUCACUGCAGGACUUCAUCAUGAGGCGCUGCUUGAGCUCCGAUUUGAUAUAGACCGUGGAGGCCAUUCUAACCCUCCACUGGUAUUGCUGCGCGACGGCGAUGUUGGCGGGGGCUGGAGGCAUAUACCCAAAAGCGCUGAUUGCGCAAUCGAACCACGUUUCGUAAACUGCGGCCUUGGUGUGUUCAGGAGCGGAAUCGCCAUCACGCCCCAAAACGAAACCCGUGAUCACUCCAAUGGAGCUGUGCAUCUGCUCGUCGGUGAGUAGGUCCAUCCCACGCAUGGCUCCGACAAAUUUGAUCGGAGUCAUGUCAUCGGCCUUCUUCGCCCAGGUGGCUGCGGAGAGCAUGUUCUGUCCCUCGUAACAACGGCGCACCUUCGCCAUUUGCUGGUACGUUGGGCGGUGCUCCUCUGGGCAAUUGGCGAUGUUCAAGUUGAACGCCGCGAUUUGUGCCGCGGUGGGCAUGGCCAUGCCGGCGUCGGCCAAGACACCGGCAAGACCAUUCACGAGGUGAUUUGCUGCCAUGAUUAACGAUUUGACGAUAGCGAUAACUUCUAAACUGUUGUGACUGUAAGCUUUCAGCGAAGCCUAAAGAUUCCCUGUUUGAUUGAAGAUUUCAGUGGGGGAUGCGAUUUUGGAGGAGGGAGUGGGAUCUCUCAGCAAUUUCGUAGGCAACUAUAAGGAACGGAACGAGAGAUGCUAAUUUUAUGAUCUCUCUACCUCUCAAGGAUGGGAUCUGGCAUCUACCUCUUUGAGGGAUAAAGAUCGCGCUAACGGUUGCUGGAAUUUCUUCCAGCGGCUUGAGCUUCUUGUUUGUUGCGGUUUGUUGGACGGCUUACGUGAGCGAUAACAUUUGCGCAUCAUUGAUUAGUUUGAUCUUGAAACGAACGAUAGCAAUGGCUGUUUUUUAACUUAAAACCUUGGCUUUAUGGAGGGGCCACGCAAUCGCGAACUCCUCCUUAACGUUAAAACCUCGGUCGCCUUCAUAGUGCAAUUCUGUAUUUACGCUUUUCCAUCUACCUACCCUAGUAACAUCCUCUCUGGGGAGCCCCCCCUGCACCGCGGAAGAAGCUCCCCCUACCCUGAAGCUGUAUAAGCCCCAAACUUUUCUGCCAUCGACUUCUUCCUGCCAAUUAAUCUUUUCGACCACAGCAUACAUCAAACGUCUCUGCUUGUUAGUGUCGAUGUUGCGGAAAAGUUCCCAGGUCUCCUCGCUCAUGCAGUGGACUGGGCACAGUUUGCGUUUCAAACGCAAGUUUCUAACGGCCGGACAGCAACAUCGAAACCGCACCUCCCAACCCUUUCCGGGUUGGUCCACUUUUGAUUUUGCAAUGUGAAGGCGGACAGACUUGGAGUCGAUGACUUCUCUUACGGUGUCCUUCAGCUCGCUAGGCCUGUGGAAGCAGAACCAACUGGCGACGCAGAAGUUAAGGUAUUCCCCUAAAUCCACUUUCAGGCUCUUGGAUAUCGAGAAAGGAGAAGAACCAGCUGCGAUUUCGUCCACUGCCACCCAAAAACUUACGAGAGCUGGCUUUUCUUGCACCGGUAAAAUUCCUUUUUCUAGUCUGCUGUAGUUUGCAGAAUAUUCCGCCUGCUCGAUAUCCGACAGCGGAUGUGACUUGGCAAUUCGUGCUUUGAUAAAAGCAAGCGCGGUAUGUCUUGACUUGGCUAUAUUUUCGCAUUGCAUUAGAAUCGCAGCAGUAAAACGAAUCUUCUCCACUGUCCAUGCCUCCUCUGGAUCCCACUCUUUGUGCUUGCAGAUGGGAAUGUAAAACUUCAAAAAGGCCGACUCUUGAUGUUUCUUGCUGCUUUUGGCGUACCCCGAGCUAAGAAGAGACUCUACUAUACUACUGGCUGCGCCAUCUCCUCCGUCUUCGAGGUUUUUAAGCACUGCGUCCACCGAUUUUGCGCUGUAGCUGGUGGUUGUAGAAGAAGGCGCGUUUUCUACUGAGGAAGAUGAAGGUGAGGAUGAAGGCUGCGCUGCUGCGGCUUCUUUCUUGUGUAAACGCUCCGGAGGUAUAAGCCUUCUCUUGAUCUUGGCGGGGGCAGCAGUUUUUUCAUUAUCUUGAAAAGUGCGCUUCGUCGUCGCUUGUGGAAGGGGGACUAGGUCGCAACCUAGUGCGAUGUCCCCAGACUCGCAUAAGGUAAGUAGUUCCGCCUCAAGCGCCAUAAUUAACAAUAUUCACGAUCUACCGCGAGGUAGAUUUUUUAUGUUCACAGAUCCCGGGACCUUUAUGUUCGCAGUUCUCUUGAAAUCUGAAUUUUUAUGGAGAUAAUAUCUCCUCAACAUUUAAACCGUCAAAUUUCAGAUCCGGGACCUUUAUGUUCACAGUUCUCCUGAAAUCUGAAAUUUUAUGGAGAUAAUAUCUCCUCAACAUUUAAACCGUCAAAUUUCAGAUCCCUUUUAUGGAGUCACUCUAAUUUAACCAAAGAAAAAAUUUUAUACACUUGCGCUAACGUGGUCACCGUGUUCCCCUACCAGUAAUUACAUACGAGAUCCUUGAUGUUCUUCUAAUCAACAUUAUCAAGCCAUCCACUCCAAACCCAUGAUAAAGGUCAAUAGUGCGAACACAAGGACUCCCAAUAUGCUCACGUUUAAGCGUACUUAACCAUUCAACGACCUGCCCUAGGCAGUUGGCAACUUGCGCCGUGCCGGCCACAAGUAUAACAGUUUGCAGACAUUCAUAUGUCUUGGUCAGUCCUAAAACUGACAUAAAUACCAAGGCGAUCAGAUGAACUUGCUUAACUUGAGGCAAGCACUCUGAAGACCUUGGACUUCAAUAUAAUCUAUGAUCUGUCAACAUAUUAUAGCAUACCCAUACGCCAUACGCUAUUGAUCUGCUUGACUGAUGAUUAACGUUGACAGUCUAAGGGAUGGUGAGGGCAACUGCCUCCUCGUCACACGAUGACCUUAUAAAAAUUUUAUACACUUGCGCUAACGUGGUCACCGUGUUCCCCUACCAGUAAUUACAUACGAGAUCCUUGAUGUUCUUCUAAUCAACAUAGCUAGUCACCAGGCAGACCGGUGUCGGGUAAGGAAUUCUCUCUCUCAUAUUUAUUAGUAUGCAGAUAUCCACCACACCAAUCACUUUCUCUGCGCCCACCCGAGGUGGUGCGUCGAACCUUCGAAAAACUUGUAUUUGUCAAUCGUGUGAAGUAGAAGUAACUCUCCCCCGCUUGUUCAUACGAAGAUAUCCAAACUUGUGCAUUGGAAUUCGAGCACUUGGACCCGAAAACCUUGCUGAAACGAGACCCUAGAGAGGAGGUCUUGUUGAGACGCAUGCACAGAGCAGAUCGCAACGUCUUGCGCCGUUUGGAUUACGUGAAUACGCGAGACACCAAGCGAAGGGCUACACUAGUUAUGGUAACCAGCAAGGCAGGAAGUUUACUCGUAUCUAUGAGAACCUAGAAAUAACCGAGUAUGCUGAAGCUGAUGUAGUAGUAUUUACGGUUCGACUUUACUCUGGUCCCCUGCCUCGGUGCUCGUAGACUUUACACAGGUCACCCAUCAUCCUCGGAGGCGAGCAGGUGCCGCUGGGGCUCGUUGUGCAGGAUCCAUCACCUAACCUAGCCUGCUCCUGCAGUUGAUGUAGUAGUAUUUACAUAAAGAUAGGUAGUAGAUGACCCUGCGUAGAAGAACAAGUUUGCUACUGAGCAAGAGAUGAGCUCCAUCAAAUACAUAGACCCUCUUCCUCCAUCCAUCCUGCUUUCAUUCUGCAAAAGCUGCACUACGCACGACAAGCAUACUUCUAUUACGGCCUUUUUGUUUGAAAUUUCGACAUUCUAUGAUUGAGCUUCGGAAAGAAGAUGUUCUGGCAUGUUUAAUCAACCAGGAAGUAAUUACUUCAACCACGUAAACUGAUAUUACUAAAUUUACUCUAUAGAGAAUAGUGUGGGCGAUUCUUACUGACCACAGGAACAUCUAACUGCACAUGUUCCUUAUUCUUUUGCUAUUGUCGCUGCUGCAGAACCAAGACCAAGGACUGGGAGCGAUGCUGUCGCUCAUCAUAACCACGAAGAGCUUUGUCGGUGCGUUCUCGAUGUACUUUUACGGGAAGCAAAUGAUCUUCUUUAUCUAAAGCCUGUUAGGGUACGGUGUUUUCCCUGUUAGGGCCCUUUGUGGGCAAAGCCGGCGGGCACACGGAUCCCUUCGUAGGAAACACUGUUGCUCCUGCUAGUAUCUCUCCUUCGUAGGAACAAGGACUGUGUCGCAAUGAGGAGCGACGAUUGAGGACCGAGGAUCACACCCCCAUAAUCAUGCUGGAGUAAAAGGAGGUGAUACAACUCGCUCUAAUUUGCAGGCUUUUUGUUUGCGUAUCGAAUCGCGUUUUAUUUCAAAGAAGGUGUCGACACGUACAAGCUGCGGAAGAUGUUGUUCGUGAUCAAGCGGUUUCGAUCGAGGUUGCUGAAGUUCCGCGACAAAACCGAAAAGGAGCGGUUGGAGCGAUUCGACAAUACAUUUAAGCACUUGGUCAAAGCUGCAUUCUUCAGCUACCAAAUUUCAAAAAAAAAAUUAGAAAAAAAGUGCUCCGUCCUAAAAGGUUGAGGUUCUUCAAAAGGAUAUUCCCCUGAGGAGUGCAAUAUCGCAACCUCUAACACAUUGGCAAACAUCGAUGCCUUCUUCGAGAAGAGACAACGAGAAAUUCAAGAAGAAGAACAAAGAAAGUUAUGUUGGUUAUACGUUGUUGUUUGGACCACGAAGAACAAAGAAAUUGACAAAGGGACUCGAGUUUUUUUUGUCUAAGAUCUACCAAGCUAUUCAUUGGAUUAGGAACAAGUGUGACGACUGAAUGUACUGAAGAUCAUUUACUUAGUUCUAAAGAAGAAAGACGAGGAGUUGCUCAGGAAGCAGCUCAGUGGCGGCCUCACGUUCGAUCGCUGGUUUGAGGAAAAAUCGAAAAUGUUGCUCCUUGGCGGAUUGCGAUAUGUCGCGAUAUUUACGGAAAAAAUGGAAAUGCUUGUUACUUGCGAGUAGACUAGUAGAGCUACUGAAGACGCACUGCUGAGUUCUGAGAAUCUAUGGCAGUCUCUAUGGAGCCUCUAUGGCAGUCUGCACGAUAUGGCAGUCUGCACGAGAGUCAUUGUAUUGCGAGAGUCAUGGUAUUAUUGCGGUAUGUAGUCGCGAGGAUAUUUACGGACGAGGAUAUUUACUAUCCUAGACAUAUCCUAUCCUAUACAACUAUACGAGGAUAUGCUUGAGUUCUGCUGAAUUGAUAACUUCUUCUUGUAUCAUGAGGAUCCUUGUACUCCAAGGCCACCUCUUUCCUCUAAUAGCUCAAACAAAGAGAGCGAGAAGGUGCUGCAUCCACCAGCAAAAAAGGCAGCCUACCCGGAUGGAGAUCGCGGGGCGAAAAUGCUUUCUCAGUUACGCCUACUUGUUCCUUUCGUUGCCAUCUUCACGCUGUCACAUGUCUUGUUUCCUUUCGUUGGCCACGAGUAUUUUGUCCUUCUUGGUUUCCUUUGAAUAUUUUGUCCUUCGAAUAUUAUUGUGUUUUAUUUAAGGGCGGUAAACACUGGUAGGCGUCCUGUCAUUGACUUCCUGAGCGAGUUUGUUACUCCUCUAACGCUUGGUGGCUUCCAGCAAAACGUCACACGCGGGAGAACUGUGCCUAUUCAGACGAUAGGUGCUCUUUUUCAUCUAUCCGAGACCAUGUGCUUAAAAAGAAAAACAAGUUGCUUGCUACGGAGUUUUUCUCAACACCAGAACCGAAAUUUCUAGGUUGUGUAGUUAUUGCGGCUCUGUUAUUGAGAGUUGUAAGUAAGUUUGCGUCUUGAAACCAUACAUUUAGGUUUUGGUAAUAAAUAAUCUUACGCUACACCCCUCUAUUUCUCAGAUAACUUUCCUGGCGGUUCAACGCGGGCUAUUCGAGACAGGACUGUGGAAGUGCCUUCAUCCUCAGAAAGCGCUAGAGAGGAACAGGAACGACUACUAUCGGGUGGCGGAAACACUAUUAUUAAGAAUGAGGAAGUUCUUCGGUAGCAGGUGCUAGAGACAGAAAGCGAGGUACUAGAGCUUUUAAGUACACCUAAUUUGCAAAUGCUCACGUUUUUCGUGCGUGUGCCUUCCUCUUCUUUUCUUGCUACAACAUGCAUUAUCUAAUGAAGCUAGUCCAAACUCGCGUUCGGAAACGCGCGAUUCUAGGCAGAGUAAGAGAAGCAAGCGACGCAGCGAUAAAGAUGCCGAUGACAAAAAACGAGGUACUACAAGUACGGGUUUCUAAGUUGUCUAAGUAUAAGAAUUUGAGGUACUACAAGUAGAGGUUUCUAAGAGUUUUCUAUCAGUAGAAGAGGUUUCGUCUAAGGGAUUUUUCAUUAGCGGCUACUUCUAAGAGUUUUCUAAGUAGAAGAGAUUUUUCGUUAGUGGUUUCUAGUUUUUCUCUUAGUGUUCUGAUAAUGAAUUCUAAGUUUCUUUAGUGUCGUCAGUAACUUGGAUCAAAUGCUCGCUCUUCGUCAUUUUCUAAGCAAAAGAAGAAGGAUCGUCUUCAACUUGACACUUUACGUGCAAGUAAACAUCUUCUUCUUAUUUAGCUCUUUUUACUCAAAUAACCUGGCAGUGGUACUAUCUGGUGAGGGAUCGAACAUCUAAAUGACUCUGUAUCGAAAAGACUUUUUCAACUGGUUGUAACAGGAUCGUCAUCUUCUGCCUCGAGACCUAGUCUACUUUAUACCACCAUAAUAAAUGGAUUUUAAGGCUAACAGUAAAAUGUAGCUAGGGUCCUUUUCUCUGGUUGUGGGUUUAUUUGGUGAACCGGUACCCCGUAGCAAAUAAACCUGUGCACACAAGCAGAGAACUGAGCACUCACCGGAGGCGUCGCCCAGGGCUCCGGCCUGCCUUCGAAGGUGAAAACUAGGGGUCUGACAGGACUACGAAAGCGCCGGCGCUUACUUGGUUUUUUUUAGAUCGAUAGCCUUGGACUUUUCUAAAUUUUCCUUUUUUCCUAGUUAGGUCUGCCCCGCCACAAACCAUGAUAAAUGGAUUUGAAUUAUAUCAACAUCCAGGUGUCAGUGCAAGUGACUUGGCAAAGUUGCCGUCCGUAGGUGCGGUGGGUCGACGACUAGCGAUGGAGGCUGCGGCCGCGGCUAGUGCAGAGCAAAUACGAGCUAGCGUCGAACUCGUUGUGGAUCCUGGAGAUCGACAAGAAGAGAAUCCAUUUAUGGUGUUAAAGAGUAAAUACUUCGAAGUAGAUGUCGUGAAGACAUUUUUGAACAUGUACUUACUAGUAACUACAUAAAUAUAUCGCAACGGAAUCAGGCAGCGAGAGUUGUCACGUGAUUCGCAAAUGAAUGAGUGAAUGAAUAUAUCAACGUCCAAGUCAAUAGGAAAAAUAGUCUAUCAUUAUACAUUUAGGAUCAAACUUCGGCGCUAUUCAGUGAAGAAUCUACUUUAUACGAUUUCCUUUUAUUUGCAUUCGAAAAUACUUCACAAAAAUAACGCCCUUAAGCCAUUUUCCUUCCGCGCUUCUAAUGUCUCACCUUUGCGAUCCCGAGAUGGCGAAGAGGAAGGUGAGCGAAGCCCCUUCGGCCUCGGGAGUUCAGCCUCGGUUGCGAACGUCGAUCCCGCUCGUCUUGCUGGCCUUAUUGGUCACACGGAGCUGAUGGAAAAUGAAGUUCUCGGACCAUCAGCGGGAAGCGGGUCACAAACUUAAGCAAGCACUCUGUAGAACGUAGAUCAUUCCAAGAAUUAAGUACUAGGUUGUUUUCACAAAAAUCUACUUUAAAUACUCCAAGAUCUUCGAUCGGUUAGAUCCACGAGAAGUCGUAUGAAUGGGUUAACUACUACUACAACCGCUACUAGAAAUACAACCGCUAUCUCUAAUAAAGAUCUACCCGACCUGCAGGAGGACAGGACGCACAGCAGGGGUUAGACACAGUUGUGCCUUCCACAGUGAUCGGGCGGCCGGCGAAUCCUUCAGGCGGAGCGAGCGGAGAUAGGAACGACGAGGGCGGAGGACUAGGCGAAAUAUGAGGCUCACAAAAAUGUAGGAGAAGAUAUUAGGAAUGGAUACUGGAUGCUGUUUUGGGGAUUUAAUCGCGUUUCUUAUGUUUGAAAUAUGUACCACAACAAACUAGUACCUGUACGAGGUUGAAUUAUUGGGAAUGGGAUUGAAUGAAGAUACUUCUAGGCUUAUUGGGAUUGAUUUCGAGUUGUUCUACGUGUUUAUUGAGUUAUUCUACGUGUUAUUCUACGUGUUAUUCUACGUGUUUAUUGUCAAGAUUUUGAGUUCUUCUCGGGAAAUUAACGCCGUGCGCGGGAAAAGUUUUCUUAUCCCUCUACUGGAAAGGAAUUAUUUUCCAUCUACAAAGGAACAGGAAGUCAGCCAGGUUUAAACUUUGGUUCAAAUGCGUAAGCGCUAGCUAGAAGACGACAAAGCGCGGGGAAAUUAAAACUGGUUGUUUAAAGUAACGAUUAGCUUUUUUAGAUUGUGAUUAUACUUCGAUCUUCAUCGGGUCGUAUUUGCAUAAGUACUUAUACUAGAAUAAAUAGAUGAACCGUAUACGAUUCUAGAUGACACUUCGCUCGUUCUUCUAAUUGGAAAAACAAUACAGAUAGAGAGCAGUAAUGAACUUCAAUUUCCGAUAUCGUGUCGCUACUCGUCGGUACAAG